AGGCCUUUUGGGGGGAGGAAGGGAGAAAGCAGGGGGGAGCCUGCCAAGGGAGCAAAGUCCCCCCCCCCUUUCCUUCCUUCCUUGCUUCCUUUCCUCUUCCGCCUUCAGUCACCAUUCCUUCUCUCCCUUUUUGCAGAAAGUGGGCUCCUUCUUUCCUUCCUUCUUUCUUCCAUUCUUUCCCUUUUCAUCUCCAAAGGCCUCCCUUUUGGUGGUGCAGCUGCAGCCAAAGGUGCAGGAGACCCAUAUUGAAUGGACAGAUCUUCGUGUUUGUCGGAGAAGCUCUUUGGUGAACACGUACUUACUUCUGGCACUGGUAAAAAAUUGUAACUUUCCAGAUUUACACUCCGCCACACUUGUGUUGAACACAACUAGAAAUCCACCUGCAACUCGGAAGCCGAACAGAACUUAGUCUUCUGGAGUGACAACCAUCCGGCCAAGGAGAAACUUGGAUCCAGGCCUGAGAUGGGAUAAGGCCACUCUAUGGCCUCCAAGAAAGCGCUUUUCAAAGAGGGCUGUUCGCCGCCGGGCCUUCGUCUCCACUUCCAAGCCGCCCGGGAGCCGAGGUUGAAAAUGGAGGAGAAGAGCUCCAUGUGUGCCAAACCCUCCGAAGGGGCAAGGAAGGUCCCGCGGGGUGUUCAGGCCGAUGGUGCCAAGGAGAUCCUAAGGUUGAUGGCACCGGAGCAGAUUAAGCAGGAGCCGGACGAAGGCUUGGCGCAGCGCUGGGAGGCCCAGUGGCAGGAGUUCCUGAAGGUAGUCCAGUCCCCACAUACCGGCUGGGGGAACCCCGAGUUGGUGGCUUUCAGUAGCCCAAAGGGGCUCCACGUCUCGGGCAAGUCGGCUCAGUCGCCGGCCCUUGCCUGGAAGGUGAAAGAGGAGGUCCUGGAAGAAGAGGCCACCGGCCCGGAGACUCAGCGCCAGCGCUUCCGGCAUUUCUGCUACCAGGAGGUCGAGGGGCCCCGGGAGGUCUGCAGCCGGCUCCGGGAGCUCUGCCACCAGUGGCUCAAGCCCGAGCGGCACACCAAGGAGCAGAUCCUGGAGCUGCUGAUCCUGGAGCAGUUCCUGGCCGUCUUGCCACCAGAGAUCCAGGGCUGCGUCCGGGAACGAGGCCCAGAGACCUGUGCCCAGGCGGUGGCCCUGGCAGAGGGCUUUCUGCUCCGGCAGCAGGAGGCCGAGAGGCCGCGGCAGCUGAUUCUGGAUUCCUUCGAAGAGAUGGCGGUGAAUUUCCCGCGGGUGCAGCAGGUCUGCCUGGGUGCUUCUCGGAAGCAAGCAGGGAGCAGGCUGCUGAAUGACUCAGAGAGGCAUGUUUUGGGGCAUCAGGAAUAUCUCGAACGAGACCCACCUGGGAGGAUGUUGCUCCCCAAACCACGGGAGAAUCUCUCCCAGCACCGCGAGUCAGGCAAGUCCUCUGAAAACCAGCCUCGGGCGGAGCGUCUGCAGGGGAUCCUCCCCUCGAAGAGAGCCCCAGAGCCUGUCCCGUGCCGCGUGGACUACGCGAACCUUGGCGAGAUCCUCUUCCAAGGGCGGACGCCGGAGGGGCAGCGCCCGAAGCGUUGCGUGGUCCUCCGCCGGCGGAUCCACUCCGAGGAGCGUCUCUACAAGUGCCAGGACUGCCGGAAGAGCUUCGACCACCGCUCCCACUUCAUCCGCCACAAGAAGAUCCACACGGGAGAGAAGCCCUUCCAGUGCGCCGACUGCGGCAAGAGCUUCAAUCGCAACUCGAACCUUACUACCCACAUGCGGACCCACACAGGGGAGAAGCCCUACACCUGCGCCGACUGUGGGAAGAGCUUCCGCUGGAGCUCAGAUUUCAUUGUCCAUGAGCGGACCCACACGGGGGAGAAGCCCUACACCUGCGCCGACUGCGGCAAGGCCUUCCGGCGCAGCUCCAACCUGACGGCGCACGAACGCACCCACCGGGGGGAGAAGCCCUACAAGUGCUUUGACUGUGGGAAGAGCUUCACCCGGGGCCUCUACCUAGUUGCCCACAAGAAAACCCACAUCAUAGGGGAAUGAACAAGGGGAACGAUAGAAUUGGGGAAGGUAAAGACUGUCCAGGUUUGUGACCAUCGCCUUUCUCAAUUGGGGUACUUUUGGAAUAGAGGCAGAGUCUCCAUCCAAUCUCCUGAUAUCUCAGCUGUAUCCUCUAUAUUUCACCAUCAGUGAGUAGCUUGGGAAAGUUACAUCUCUCACAUCACACUUAUGGGCUUUCCAGGAGCAUUGGAUCAGCCACUGCGAAGAAGACGCAGGAGGCUAGACUGGAAACGUCUGAUCCAAUGUUUACGUCCGGUGUUUGUCUGCACAUCUGAGAGACAAGAAGUGCACCGGAGAGUGACCAUCCUGGAUGGACACAACCUCCUUUCUCUUCCUGCGAAGACUCCUCACUGCUGGGUUCGGAGGCAGAUGCACCUGGCUCUUCCAGUUGGGAUUGAUAGGUGAACUAUCAAUCCCAGCAACUACAACUCUUCCAGUUGGCCUACAACUGAUUUGUUGUAGCUCAGCAAAGAUUUCUCCCUUUCCGAUGCAUAUAAAUAACAGCAUCCUGCCCAAAUGAUGUACUGCUGGAAAGGAAAAAAGUCUAGGGAUUUUCAGGGAUAGGAUUUUUUGGUUUUGAAACGGAAAGCUUGCGAGUUCAAUUUUGUUUUGCUGUGCUUGUGCAGUCAAGUCAUUCCCAGCUUAUGGUGAUCCUAUCAUUGCUCAGAGAGGUUUGCCUUAAUCUCCAUCUGAAGCUGAAAGAGUGAGACUUGCCCAAAGUCGCCCACUAGGUUUCCACGGCUGAGUCGAACCCUGGUCUCUAGAGUUGUAGUCAAACCACGCUAACUUCUUAAAACCUUUACUUUUUGUUUACGAUUUAAUGGGCCACCCAAGGCUUUCUGCUUUGUAUGUGAUUUUUCUGCUUCUUGGCAGUGGGUUGGACUGGAUGCCCAACGAGGUCUCUUCCAACUCUAUGAUUCUAUCUCGGGAUUUUGUCGGACGGAGAGCCUGUGACCACUCAAAAGUUACCCUGUGGGUUUUCAUGGCUGAAGAAGGAUUUAAAUCAGUGUUUCUCAAUCUGGGGGUCCGGUUCCCUAAAAGUAGAUCUUUUCCCACCUAGAUCCAAUUGGGUAACUUCUGAUUUAGUGGUUUGGUUUAAAAAAGGAGAACGGAGAGACAGAGAUUGGACCUGAUACAACAGUAUUUUGGUGUUUUCCCUACUCCAAGAAACUUGAAUGCCUAAAAUUUGAAUUAUGGAGGAGGUAAGAGGGACUAAAAGGGAAUGGAGAUGCCUUCGUUUCCACCUAUAACUGUGGUUUUCCCCAGUUGUGAAAUACAAUGUCUCUAUUGUAGAAUUGAUGCAGUUUGGCUCAGUGCUAAGGAAUCUUGGAAAUUGUAGUUCUGCAAGGUUUAUUAUUAUUACCCUUUUCUGCUAAAGAGUGCAAGUGCUUCUCCAAAUUACAAAUCCCAGGAAUCCAUAGCAUUAAGGUGGUGUCAAAUGGCAUUAAUUCUAGUGUAAGGCUCUUUCUGCACUGCCAUAUAAAAUCCAGAUUGUCUGCUUUGAACUGGAUUAUAUGACAGUGUAGACUCAUAUAAUCCAGGUCAAAGCGGAUAAUGUGAAUUGUCUGAUUUGAUAAUCUGGAUUAUAUGGCAGUGUAGAAGCAGCCUAAGAGGUAAAGGUAGACAAGGGAAUAAAGCAGAGGACUUGCGGCAUACAUUAUAGAAUUAAUGCAGUUAGGCACCAGCACUCUCUGGCAGAGAAAGCUAAAAACCUUGGAAAACCACAACUCCCAGAUUCCAUAGCAUCGAGGUGUAGCACUUAAAGUGGAGUCAAACUGCAUUAAUUCUUCUGUGUAGAUACAUUGUUGGAAAAGUCAUUCUAUCCAUCUCUGGCCUAAUAUUCCUCCUAUUUCUGAUGUUCAGAAUGCUCCCCUAAAAGGGAUAUUGACCCUGUAAAAAGUAACUUUUCCAAGUCAUGAGGAUCAAGGCUUUGGCCAACUUCUGCAAACUCACUUCUUUUGACUGCAAGCUGAGAGUGUCUCUGAAUUUUGGGCUUGUUUUUGUAUAAGAACUUUGGCUUAUUUCCCUUCCGCCGCAUUCCGAAGUAGCUCUAUCUGUAUGUAAAACCCACGUAGAUGAUAUUUAUAUAUUGCAUUUCGAAGCACUUGCUCCCUCUUUCUUUCGUUUUCUUCCUUGUUCCUCACUUGUUUUCUCCCAGCAGUAAAAGCUCACUUAGUUGGUCUUGUACUAAACGAUCUCUUACUCUAUGACAACCAAUAUAUAUGUAUAUGCAUAUAUAUAUCUCAUUGGAAAA